AUGGCAGAAAGAUUUGUUACGUUUGACAUUAGAGAAGUGGAAAAAUUUAUUGACAACGAAGAGAACAGUAACACGCGAAAAAAGACGAAAAAUUGCAUGGCUCUACUGAGUUCUCUCAUGGCAAAGGAAAAGGAGAAUAGACAAGUUGAAGAGAUACCUCCACAAGAACUGGACAAUUAUUUAAGCAGAUUCCUACUUUCUGUGAGAAAGAAGAACGGAGAUGAGUACGAGCCUUCAACUCUACGUGGCUUUAUAGCAUCGAUUGAGCGUUAUCUCAAAAAAUGCCGCUACAGUGAAUCGGUUAUCACGGGGAAGAACUUUGCGAGAACAAGAGAUGCACUCAAAUCAAAACAAAAACAUUUGAAACGGCUGGGGAAAGGAAACAAGCCAAAUGAAGCAUCCAGUCUAACCCCAGAGGAAAGAGACAUUCUUUUCAGACGAAAAGAAAUGGGUUUCAGCUCUCCAAAAGCCCUCAUCAACACGCUCUGGUUAAAUAAUUGUAUGCAUUUUGGUCUACGCGGAGGGAAGGAGCAAAGGGAGUUAAAAUGGGGCGACGUGGUUUUGAAAACCAAUCCUUUUGGAAAGGAAUACCUCGAAUACUGUACCGAAAGGCAAACCAAGACACGGCCUGGAGAUAAUCCAUCGAACGUGAGGAAGGUCAAACCAAAAAUGUAUGAGCAACCUUCACUUCCACCAGAACGAAACCCCGUGUUUGUGUACAAGUUUUACAAGGCAAAACGACCCAAUGAAACUCUCGUAGAGGACGCGCCAUUUUAUCUGGCAGUUAAUCAUGUCAGUAGUGAGUAGUGAGCAGUAAUCAUGUCAGUAGUGAGCAGUAAUAACAAUAUUACAACACCAGCUUGUAAAAGGAACUCUGGCCUUAGAAAGUUUCACUCAAGCGCUUGCCGUUUGUGGAACGCCCUUGAUCCCGAACCUAAGACACUCUCCCAUACUAAUUUUAAAAAUUACUUAUUUAAACUUUACCGCAGUAUGAUUUCUUUUCUUGAUAUUUUAAGAUUUGUAAAACCUUUUAGUUUCAUUAGUAGUCAAUUAAUCAAUAUUGUAUUAAUAGCAGUUCAUUAUGUAAUUUUAGUUGGUAGAUUAUAUAGGUAGUUAAUUAAUUAAUCGAUACAUUUUAUUACUUUAAUUGUAGGAGGGCCAUUAUGAAAACUACUGGGUGACCAGUAAUCAAUGUCUUUACCCUCGUUAAAUAAAGUUAUUACUUACUUACUUACUAGCAGCUAGCCUUCCCUGACACAAAGUGGUUUAAGCCACAGCCAAUGGGAGUGAACAAACUGAAUUCUCUGAUGAAAGAGUGCGCUGCAGCGGCCGGUAUUGGUGAAAACAAACGCAUUACCAAUCACAGUGGCCGUAAAACACUGACACAAACACUGUUGAACCACGACGUUCCGCCAACGCAAAUCAUUCAAGUUACGGGCCACAAAAACCUCCAGUCUGUGAAUAAUUAU